UGGCCUGUCAGUGGUCCAGCUGGUUGCCAUGGAGUCCGUGCUCGGCCAGCUGUGGUACCGGCCACCAAAGCUCUACCAGGACGGUUCUGCAGCCCAGCCUAUAUGGAGGAGCCCCGUGUGAAGGCUUGAACAUCCGAACUAGAAGCUGCGUUGCUCCUGACUGUGAAUGCCCUGAGGGGGAGCAGUGGAAGAGGAGCCUGUCAGAGGAGGCCCCGCUGUGUGAGAGAAGCUGCCAGGACAUUUACUCCACCUCCCCUGUCAACUGCAGCCGGUCCGCCGAAGGCUGCGUGUGUCAGGAAGGGCUUUACCGAAACCUAGAGGGCGUGUGUGUCAUCCCGGCCCUGUGCCCCUGCCAUGACCAGGGCAUCGUGCGAGAGGCAGGAUCGGAGUGGGAAGAGGGCUGCCUAACAUGCACCUGCAUGAACGGAAGGAAACUUUGCCAGACGAGGUGUCCUCCGCUCCAAUGUGAAGAGGGUGACGUUAAAGUGGAGGAACCAGGCAGCUGCUGUCCAGUCUGCAGGAAGCUGUUCCCAGGUGAGCCUGUGGCGGAGUGCAAGCGCUACGUUGAGGUGCGGAACAUCACCAAGGGAGGCUGUCGGCUUGACAACGUGGAGGUCAGCUUCUGCAGGGGGCGCUGUCUGUCCUGGACGGAUGUCAUCAUGGAGGAGCCCCACCUUCGGUCCGAGUGCGAGUGCUGCAGCUACAAGCUGGACCUGGUGAAACCGGUCCGUUUCCUCAGCCUGCAGUGUGAGAGCGGAGAAAGUGAGCAGGUCUUCCUGCCGGUCAUAACCAGCUGUGAGUGCACCAGCUGCCACGGAGGCGACUUGUCCAGACGUUGAGUGAAUGUGUGGCCUGAUAGAGAGAGUGUGUGUGUGUGUGUUGAUGAGUUUGGGUCAGGUAGAGAAGAAGCAGUCUGAACCCCAUGCUGAGCGAGAGCGGGAUUCUCAGUGCCAACUCUCUGAUAGUUGGAUGCGUCUGGGAUGAACAGAUGGGAGGACAGUCGAGUGGAAUAGGUUCCUGUUGAAGGAUGAGAUGCUCACAUUGUUUUUUAAAUCCUAGUUUCAGGUUCUUGUUUCUUCGUCCUGUACAGUCGUUUUCUACCGUGUAUUUAUAGUUUGAUCUCUGUAUGACUUGUUAUGCGUUAAGAGAUGUUUGCUGUCAGUUUUUCUGCUUCCUACUGUUAAACUUCCCAUUAAAAAUGUUUUUUAUUGGAGAAAUC